AUGAUUCAAGACGAUGAAUACGAGGCUUUCGUCUCAACCCCAGAAAGAAUAAAAGCUCUUGGGUUUAGACCGCAAAAGGAAAUACUGACAAAUCACUUGCUACCAUAUGCUGACAAAUUAGAUGAUGAGUCUAAACGAUUUCUGGAUCAGGUCAAAACUAAUUUAGCAAAGGCAGUUAUGCUACGAGAAAUGAAACCAGCUUGUGGAGUUUGGUCCUCCAGAUUGAUGAAAUACAUAUCUAUUUAUGGAUUAAAGUUUGGGAAAGAGGACCACAUUGCACUUAUAAAACUGGCCUAUGAACUAGUACUUAUACCUGAUUUAGAACCAUGCAAGGUUCAUAAAUUUGCUACUAUGUUCCUUAUGCUUACAAAAAAAAGGUUCCUUUUAUCUCCUGAGGAACUUACCCUACCUUGGCGGCCACUAUAUGAAGUUGGAAUAAAAAUUUUUGAUAAGAGUGCAACGAGUAUUGGAAUGUACCACUUCCUUACGUCCUUAGAGGGAUCGUACAUGUCCAUGGUAAAAUGUGCAAAGCCGUACUUUGAAGUAAAUGCAACGCAGGAGAUAUUGGACGAAGUUCUUCCUUUAAUAUUUCCAUGGUCAGGGAAUUCCCAGAUGCUGAGUCCUUUAUCCGCUUUUUUGCCGGUCGGUCUUCCUCCGAAAUAUGCAAAACAGGGUCAUGAGCUCUGGUUCGACCAACUUAUGACAUUGUGGGACACAUGUUAUAAUGUUCCAGGCGGUAUUUCGGAAGUAAUGAUAUGCUUUUCUGGCCUAGCAAAAAGAAACCCAGGUGCAGUAGAUUGGACGCCACAUGUACCAAAAAUGUUUGUAAGGUUUCUUCAUGCCUUAAACUUACCUGUCAGUUAUAAAGAUAUGCAAUACUCUAGGAACCAUUCCCUAGAUAUGAAGUAUGUAGCCUCGUGGAUAGUAUGGACGAUCAAUCCGGAUGGUGUUGUAUUAAAACAUCUGAAAUCUUUUCUUGCUGGUGUGGAGAGUUAUUUGCACAGCGCGAAUUCCGGUCGAUGGUCUUAUAAAUUACGUGAUUUAUUAAGAAAAUUAGCAAGGGAAUUUCUUAAUAGGGUCCGUCGUGAACGUGAGAAACGGUUUAGGGAUACUUGGGAAAAUCUAACACCUGAAGCCUACAAGCUGCGAGACGAAGAUAUAACUGAAUUCGUAAAAAUCGUUCUCGAGCCUACAUUCCAGGCCGUGUACAGCAGGAGUGGUUCGCUGGAUAUUUCAAUAGCUUUACAAAACUUGGCCACUCUUCGGCCAGCAAUAGUAAUACCGCCAUUGCUAGAAAAGUUAAGGACUUCUUUAACAUCCCUCACUGAGCCCCAUAGAGUUACAGCGGCCAUGUCGGCGGUGGCUGCCGUUGCUAGGCCAAUGUUACGAGGAGCAGAUGCUGAUUACCCAGAAGGUCCAACACACGUCGUUCCUUUCCUCAUGGCCGUGCUACCUGGCCUUGAUCCAAACGAUAUCAAAAAAACAUUGGUCACCCUACAUUUUAUAUUGAUUUUUAGCGGUAUGGUACCUUAUAUUGAUUGUAGUUCAGCUUACGAACAUUGGCCAGAUCUCACGGAAGAAGAAUUGUUGGUUUGCGAAUCUACCGCUCAAUUUGAAGAUUUCGUUCUCAUCUUCUUAGAUAGAAUCUUCACCAUUAUAGAGUCUAGUGUUCUAGAACAAGCACGCUUAGAUACUAAAGAUACUGAUUGGAUUCGUAGUAAGACAGAUGCGGUGAUGGAAACUGCCAUAUCGUCCGCGGCUACGGCGGUCUUGAUUCAAUGCUCACCGAAAAUUUUCAAAGAAGCGUUAAGAAAGUUUAAAGCGUUUGCAACUGAGACAACGUUUGAAACUAAUGUAUCUGGAAGUAUGGUCGGUGUGCUGUUACAUGUUUUCGCUCGAAUAGACUCAGAGUCAACGCUAGCAGCUUUUUUGCCUAAACUAUUGGAAGAGUUAGAAGAACUAAUAUCCAGCGAUGAAGCUUUACGCGAAGAAAAUCUUCCCAGAGACCUCGUGUACAGAUUAGUUCUUCUGAUGCAGGUUGUAGAGUGUGACGGAACAGUUUUGCUCAAAUAUAUUCCGAAAAUACUGCCCGUGUUAGAUAGGAUAUUAAAACUCCACACUAGAUACGCUUUAGUACGAGCGUGCGAAGUUCUAAGCCAUAUAUUAAACUCUUUGUCAUACGUAGACUUAAAGGAAUGGAGAAGUACGUCCAAAGACUUUGGUACUGCUCCUGAAAAAUGGCUGCCGAUUCGAGAAUGGGGUCGCGGUUGUUUAUUGAAAGAGGCAAAUUUUAAAUGGCACGUACCUACUGCUGAAGAAGCAGAAUGCGCCCAGAUGAUAUCAGAUAGGUACUUAAAGCAUGAGGUCAAUAGACUAAAGCAGUGGCUAAGUGGGGAGAGACCAAUGUGUAAAGAGCGUAGACUAAGGAGCUUCCAUAUUAUAAAUGCAGUGUUGUCUUGCAGUACAUUCCUGCCCCAGGCAAAUGAAACACCCGUGUCUCUAUUAGAAUCACAAGUGCCAGCAAUGAGUAUGCCAUUCACUAAUGGUGUUCCAUACACAGUUACGCUGGAUGGAGAGAACAUGCGUGUGGCGCUCACACGACUCUUGCUUGAAGUUCAGAAGCGAAUGCUCACAGAUAAGUCUGAUGAUACGAGAGGAUUGGAGAUGUUGAUUCAGGUGUGGGAACGCGUAGUGGUUAUGAAAGGUCUUCGCACUGGACCGGGCCUGGAAGCUCGAUUGCGCUCAUACAGUGCUUUAGAGAGAGCUCUAGACGGGCGAGGCGGAGUGGGCACAGGGGGGGACCCGGGCAAAGCUGCACGUCUGCGCAUGCUAGUCGCUGACGCCGCUAGAUUACAAGACGAAUCUAGAUUGGAUUUAGUAUGCGACGCCGGCAUCACCCCUUCAGCGCUUCAAGCGCUGCACGCUCUGUACGAGCUCGCUAUCAAUACUUACAGUUCAGUGCGAAUUCUAGCACAGAUCCGUCUCUACUGGAUGCUGAGUCACUACCCCUACUCGUACCGCGCGCUAGUCCCGCGCCUGGUGGACCUGCUGACGGCGGGCGGCGAGGGCGACGAGUGGCACGCGCGGCACAAGGGUGCUCUCUUCAUCAUGCUAGGACCUAAAGCUGGGCCACUAGUAGCCAAGCAGGACUGGGAGGUGGUACGAGCUAUAUGGCCUGCGGUACUGAAAGCUCCGCUAAGUGAGAAACCCAGUAUACAUAGAUUAGUUCAGGCAUUUUGCGAUUCCAUCCAACGCCACUUCCCUAUAGUGAAUACGCGUCUAAUCAUAUCCGAUACAGCAAUAGAGGCGGCUAAGAAACUCCUAAACGAAACGCAAAUAAAUAAUGCAGAGUUCAUACAACAGCUAAAUAAAGCCGUUGAUAAAGAGAUCGCUACUUCUGAUAAAGCAGAACGAGUUUAUGAUGAGUUAAUAGAAGAAUUAGUUGACGUCGCUGAAAAUUCUAAUGGUCAAUGGCGUCGCCUAGAGCUAGCAAUGCAGCUGCUGACCUACUGCCCGCUAAUACAAACGCCCUACCCUCCCUGCACCGCGCGCCUUGUGGCCCGCGCGCUCAUACACGACGAUAUCGCCGUACGCCGCACUGCGCUACGUCUCACCCACUACACGCUCAAACAGUGCAAGCAUAAAUUGAAGAAGAUAGACGUUGAUCCAUAUGAGGUGGCUGGUGUGCAGAGGCCGGAGAAACAUGUGCCUGGAUAUAGGAAAGACCUGGAAUGGGCAAUGUGGUCUGAGGACAGGGAAAUAAACACGGAUGAAGAUUGGGAUAAGCCAUGGCUACGAGACUAUUGCUACGGCUUCUACUCAUGGCCCAAGAAAAUAAAGGUUGCAGCCCCAGUGAACGAACAGAAAUAUUCAAUUGACACCCCACCUGAAGAAAUGACAGAAAGUGAGCGGUACCUAUUCGAGUUCUUUAACAAUGACGCCAAUAUAGACAAGCUCGUGGCCUUCCUCACUGUGGAAGAGAAGAAAGGAAAGGACAAGUUCAAUGGUGUCCGUUUUGCCAUGUUCCGGAUGGCAUUCGCACAAUUCGGUGAGCGCGCAGCCCAGAGGCUGCUGACGCACGCGCAGCGCUGCGCCGGUGACACUCAGGAAGCGCCGCAGCGCUUCGCCGCAGAGGUCGCCACCGCAGCGCUGCGCGCGCCACGCUACUGGCCGCGGGAGCGCGCGCUUGCACUGCAGCAACAAGCGCUUGAUGUCAUAGAAGCUGGUCUAACAUCGGUAACACCAGAAACAAUGGAGGACUGGGGCACGUGCCUGGCCACGGGCGUGGACAAGCUGGACCCCACGCGCGGCAAGCACGUGCUGCAGCGCCUGCUGCGCCUGUGCGCGCCGCCGCCCGCACGCGGCGACCUCGACCCCGACCAGCACACGUCGUUUGUAGUGUGUGCCCGGCUUUAUGCUUUGCAGGGUGCUCUCGGGUCGCUGUCGUGGCGCGGCGCGCCGCUGGCCGCCGAGCUUCUGAAAAGGCUGGACGCUGCUAACUUCAUACAACACCCAUAUCAGAAUGUACGAGAAAGUGUCGGCAGCAUAUUAAUGACAAUAUUUGACACGGAGAUAGUGUUCCCGGGUGGAGAGGGAGGCGGUGCGCCGCGUCUAAAGGACUUCCUUGCCACGGUGAAACCGCGUCUCACGGCUCUGUACGACGAGAAUGGAGAUAUUGUAAUAAAGACAGCGGCGUCGACGUCCGGCGGGUGCGGCGCGGCGCUGCGGCCGGCGCCCGGCGCGGCGCUGUCCGCCGAGCGCGUGGCCGCGCCGCCGCCCGCCGCGCUCGCGCGCCUCGCGCCCGGCGCGCCGCGCCCGCCACACUCGCCGCAGGGUGAAACCAGUGACGCAGCGGAGAGCGAGCGCGAAGAGCGCGUGGACAAACAACUUGUGGAGCGCCUCGACAGCGCGCUGCGGCUGGCCGGCGACGCGGCGCCCACGCAGCGCCACCACGCGCGCGCCGUCAACUUGCUCACUACAGUCCUCCGCGGCUGCAUGGGCGUGAUAGUGCGCGGCGUGAACGGCAACACGUGCACGCAGUACGAGCUGGUAAGCACGGCGUGCGCGCUGGCAUCGCGGGGCCCACCGCAGCCGCACGAGGAGCUACCGCGCGCCGCCGGAGGCUUCCUCGCCAGCCUGGCACUUCUCCACCACUCCUACACGGCCUUCGACACUGCCCUCGAUGUCCUGGAGACCCUGGCCAAUGGCAGGUCUUGGUGGGCACGGCUGGCCUGUCUGGAUUUCGCACAACCACUACUCUUCUAUGGACUGCCAAUGCUGUGUGAUAGAGCAGGCCGAGCGGUCCGAGCUGAGCAAUUCGCAUUAAAACUCAUGAGAGAUUCUCGAGUUGAGGUCCGACAAGCGGCAGCAAAAUUACUAACGGGACUAAUGCAUUGCCGCGCAUUACCAAACGAGGAGAAAACAUUAAAAUCUCUAAUGAAAAGCUGUCGAUCCAAAGAGCUAGUGGAGCGACAUUGCGGUGUGCUAGGACUGUGCGCGUACAUGGCGUCGAGGCCAUACAGUCUGGGCCCGAAGCUGGGAACCGUGCUGGCUGAACUGGCGCGACAUACGAACGCCCCGGACCCGAUACCGGCCACCAUACGCACCGCCCUCGCUGACUUCCGCAGAACACACCAGGACGAUUGGCCCAAGCACAGGGACCAGCUCACCGAAGAGGAACUGGACCUCCUAGCCGAUCUCACCUCCCCUCCCACCUACUGUGCU